CUCUCCUUUUCCAUUUUCUCCCUGUUCACUCUGCUAUCAGCAGCGCGCUGGUGUCUGUUGGAAAUGACUGGGCCAAUGAAAAAGGAGUCAGUAAGACUGAAAAUGCAAAACAAUUUCGCAGAGCUCUGCAGGAGGGAAGAAAAGCACCACUCCAUGAAAGCGCAUCACUAAAAACGCUGUUUGAUCACGCUCGCGGGGAAAUUUGUUCAGCAGCGGCUGCGCGUGCAUAUUUCUGUUCCUGCAGUCGACAUUUGCGCGGAAAUGUAAGCUAGACUGUAUGGCUUAAGACAUUCCGAAACCAGGGCUGCUUUCACCUAAUAUUUCAUCCAGCUGUUUUAAGAAAGUUGAUGAAAAGAAGAAAAAUGAGUUCAUAUUUCGUUAAUUCUCUCUUUAGCAAAUUCAAAGGAAGCGACUCCCUGCGUCCAAACUACUAUGAGUGCUCUGGGUACACACAGGAGCUUGCAGGCAGACCGUCUGUCUUAUACGGACACAGCACAGGAUCUACAUUUCAACACACAGCCCAGCUUCCGGAGUUUUAUCACCACGGAGCCUCCACUUUCUCCCACGCACCGUACCAGCACAGCCAGUAUCACGGAGAGCCAGCCGCAAACCUUUUUGCACAGGACGCCUUACAGAGGCAGACUCUAUUCAGCACACAAGAUACGGAUUUAGCCCAAUUUGGAGACUACAGUGUAAAAGCAAGCUACAUCAGUGAUGAUCUGGAGAGCGCAGAAACGUGCCCAACGCAGCUUUUCCCCUGGAUGCGACCACAAGCUACUGGCCGCAGGCGGGGCAGACAGACGUACAGCCGCUACCAGACGCUCGAGCUGGAGAAGGAGUUCCUGUUUAACCCCUACCUGAACCGCAAGCGGCGCGUGGAGGUGUCGCGAGCGCUGUGCCUGACCGAGCGCCAGGUGAAGAUCUGGUUUCAGAACCGGCGCAUGAAGUGGAAGAAAGAGAACAACAAGGACAAGUUCCCGAGCAGCAGGGCUGAGCAGGAGCAGAUCGAGAGGCAGAGACGUGAAUGUGUCGAUGAUUCAGGAAAACGUACGCCAGGAGAGGCGGACUCAGAGGACGCGUAACUCCGUGAAUUACAGCUCGAGCUAAGACGUGAUCCGAUUAGCGUCGUAACAUUUCUGUAGUCAGCUGAAAAGAUCUAACAAUGUGAUGUAAGCACUUGAUCUCUAAUUAAGCCUUGUCUAACAAAACGAGGUAUUUCCUUCAUCAUUGCCACUGGGAGUAUAAUAAUAAUAAUAAUAAUAGUAAUAAUAAUAAUAAUAAUAAUAAUAAUAAUAAAUAAUGACAAUAUUCUUCUUGUUAAUAAUAAAUGAAUUUAAAUGUAGAUAUAUGCCUAUUUCAUUCAUUGGUGUUCAAUGCAUUCUUACCUCAGAAGUGCCAAGUGUUAAUAGCUGGCAGUUGUACAGUGUGUGUGUGUAUGUGUGUGUGUGUGUGUGUGUGUGUGUGUGCGUGUUUGCGCGCGCCUGCUCUUGCGCACUUGGGAAGUAUAAGCCCACAUCUUAUUACAUCUGCCAUAUCUCAGUUCCGUCUGUUAUGUAGAUUGUUACUAUAAAGAUUGUUCAAGGAGUGCGCUGAUACACGUUCACCUGCUGCACGACCUUUAAUUCAAAUUAACACUUCAGAUUUAAUUUAGAAUCAUUGUAGCUCUUUUAUUGAAUACAAUCAGGGAAUAAACGUGUGCAGUUACUGCAGUACUUUAGGCUACCUAGUAUGCACUUGUGAUUACUGACUGAUGAGAAUAAUGAUUAAUCAGGCUUAUCAUAUUUCAUAAACACUACCUAUAUGUAACUCAGUUCAGUGAAUCAGUUCAUUACAAAACAAACGCAAUGCGUGAUCUGCUGUAAAUACUUCAUAGCCUGCUGGAUAUAGUCCUACAUAUAAAUCUAUGUCAGAACACUUGUUUGUUGUCUUAUUGUCUUUUUUAUUGUUUGUGGUUGGAGGUGUAUGUGUAAAAAAGUACAAUAAAGAUUGCUUUGUGUUCAUUGUUCUUAUUUUUUUGUAAUUGCUAGCUCUUUUCCGGUUGUGAUAAACAGAAUUGUCAUCAGAACGAAUGACACCAAUCGUUACAGAUUUACAGGUCCAUUACAAACUUGCAUCUUCUGAGUUAUUAUUU